CGAAUAACAACAAAGCUGAGUUUUCAGUUAUCAAAACCGGCAGAGGAUUGAACCAGCGGGUCUGUUACAGCUGAGCUUACUUACAAGAUGGAGGUACCGCCGAGAAAGAAGGUCAAGCCCUUUUCUGUGGUGGAUUUGACGAGGAGCAGCGGGUCAGAAUCUGAUGACGAUGAUAUCAUCAUCACGGGCAUACACCACGUCACAGCGCUGGCUGGGCAGAGUGAAACAGCCCACCAGGUUCCUCUGAAGAGACUUCACGGUGGGGAUGCCGUUAUUGUUACGGGCUCAAAUGGGAGGCCAGAGGGACGCGCUCAUGCUGACGGCGGAAGACAACAGACACCGGUAGCUCCAGUAGCAACGCCGCUAAAUCGUGUUAUAGCGGGGCCAGUCACUGAACAAGGAAGCUCGUCCAAAGAUCUUGAGAGCGGUUCAAGGGCUGUGGCUAUGACUGCCCGUCAGGGACUCGAUAGAAUGACAACAAGUGCUGCAGUUCAAGGCCCAGUGGCUAACAACACCAUCCACAACAACCCACGGGCCUAUGGACAGCAACCCGUGUUAUCUGCUGCUCAUAGACCUGGAUGGAUUAAUCCACAGCUUAACAGGGACGGUGGGCUCUCUGAAGGAGCCACAUUCAAGUUUGUGCCGAAAAACAAACAAACUUAUGGUCAAGUCACUGUUAAAGCAGAUCCAGCCAUAUCCGUGAACCCUACAGACAAUUAUAUGGGGAUUCAAGGCUUGAAGAUUCUUGACUCUGGGGCGAUACAGUACCAGAACACUGUUUUCCACAGUAUGCAAGAUGUGAAGGCACGACAAGCUGAGCUUGAGCAAAGAAUCUCUAAGUACAAGAUUGGUCUCGAGGCUUUGGCCUUAAGAGAAAAGCACAGACCUGGGAGACUUGUUGAGCUCAAGCGUAAUAGAGACCAACUGCUUAGAUUGGGCUUGGAUGAGUCUAACGAAAAGGUUGCGUCUUUGCAGAAGGAAAUGCAACGUCUUUCAUCACAAGCGAAGGAAAACUUCAAGAAGAAAGCUGAGGUUGAACAUGGGAUGAAACGGACUAAAAAGAAACUGCAACUGUUUGUCAACACUGCUAAGCCGAAGAUCUGUGCGCUUCUUGAUGAAAAGAUGAAGAAAGAGAAAGCUGAGCGUCUCGAAAAGCUCGAAAGAAGUAGAAAACAUGCUGAGGAGAUGAGAUUACAGAAGGAGAGAAGUUUAGCUGAGGCUGUAGCCAAUGGUAGUCAGAAUGGAGGUGCUUCAAGCUCCGACCAGCUUCAACAAUUACGACAGGUGCUUCAGAAUGGUCGAUAUCAACAGAUGAUGGAAGAGGUUCGUGCCAGGGAAGAAAGAAAUAAGGCAGAGCUGGAACGCAGAAGGAAGGAGGAAGAGAGGAACGCUAUGCUACGACGUAACCCACUAGGUCUCAAUGUUUACAACACAGAUGACUUGCUCAGCCUUCUAACGUCGGUGAAGAAGCAAGAGGAACAGGAAGUUGAAGGGGAGUCAAACACUCCCAACGAUCUCUCCGUCAAUCUGUUACCUCACCAGAAACGUGGUUUGAAAUGGCUUGAAGAUACUGAGGACGAUCAUAAGAAAUGCGGUGGUAUCCUUGCAGACGCUAUGGGUUUAGGUAAAACUGUGCAAAUGAUCGCUCUCAUGCUUUCACGUCGGGCGAAAGAGGAUGACGAGGAAGCAGAGCUGGAUCCUCAAUCUCCAAAGGCAAAUAUUGCUUCAUAUGGCUGUACAAAUUUAAUAGUUGCACCUGUGUCGUUGAUGAACCAAUGGAAGGGGGAGAUGGAGACGAAAGUGAAAGCUUCUGCCAAUUUGACUGUCUUCAUGUAUCAUUCUAUGGCUGGCCGUAGAGUUACCUUUGAUCAGUUGAAGAAAUACGACGUUGUUCUUGUGUCGUAUGGUACCUUAUCAUCCGAGUUCAAGAAGCAUUGCAACAUUCCGGGAUUCGAAAAGUCUUUUGAUAUGAAAACACCACCGAAUAUGAGAAUGGUGAAUGAUUUGAAGAAAGACGGGGACUAUAUAUCACCGUUCUUCUCAAAGGACUCAAAGUUCUACAGAAUCGUACUAGAUGAAUCCCAGCAGAUCAAAAACAAGCUUACCAAGGCUUCCAUCUCAACAGCUUGUUUGGACGGUUAUUACAGAUGGUGUCUCUCCGGUACACCAAUGCAAAAUAAUGUUGGUGAAUUGUUUCCAUUGUUGAGAUUCUUACGUAUUAAACCAUAUAAUGUCGAGUCCAAUUUCAAAAAGGAUAUUCUACAUUUCUUGGAAAAGAAACGUGAACCGCACGAAUAUGGGUUUGAUACCGAAGAUGGGUAUUAUACUGAAGCUGCGAUGAACAAAUUGCGUAUUCUUCUGAGAAGUGUGAUGCUCAGGCGUGAGAAGACCUCGCUGAUUGAUGGUAAGCCUAUUCUGGACCUCCCCGAGAAGACUGUUACCAAGGAGUAUGUCAGCAUUCAAACAAAUGAAGCAGAGGCCACUUUCUACAGCAGCAUUGAAGGUAAAGCACAGGAGCAGGUGGCGAGGAUCCUUAAUAGUCGUAACGUUGCCAAAGGUGACUAUUCGUACAUUUUUGUUCAAUUGCUUCGUUUGAGACAAGCCUGUCUACACUCUGAGCUGGUUCGUAUUGGUGAUCGUAAGAAAGGUGUUCGCUACGACGCCGAUGGUAAUGUUGUUUCCACCGCAAAUGUGGAUUCUAUGGUGAAGAACUCGGAGAGGUUCCAACCAGAAACCGUCAGACGUAUCAACGAAGAAAUGGAGGAAGGCAUUACAUGUCCAAUCUGCUAUGAAGAACCAGAACCAGAGGCGUACACUUUAUUCUUUCCAUGUGGACAUGCCAUCUGCAAGGAGUGCGUUGAAUCCUACUUUGAACAGUUCCAAGAAGGCAUGAACAAUGAUAACGUUCGCUUUGCCAAAUGUAUGAGCUGUCGGAUCCUAGUGAACGAGAAUGCUAUCGUUGAUUGUGAGGUUUUUGAUAAGCAUGUGAACCACAAUCAAAGUGUUGAGAUGAUUCGCAUCGUCAUGGAGGAGAGGAACAAAGCAGCUAGGAAGGAAGCAGAGAAAAUCAAGAAUGGUGGACUGGAGUAUUCGCCAAAGGUGAAGGGGUGUAUUGAACUAUUAGAGAAGAUUUGGUCAGAAAAUCCUGAUGAUAAAGUCAUCAUCUUUUCAAAUUUCACCUCUUUCUUUGUGAUUUUAAGAAAAUUCAUCAACGACAAGCUUCAAGUUGAACCAUUGCAAUACCUCGGCUCUAUGAAUGUCGAUGAGAGGAACCAAUGUGUUAAGGAGUUUUAUCGUAACGCAGAGAGUAAACUGAUGUUGAUCUCUCUAAAAGCUGGCAAUGCCGGUUUAACGCUAACAUGUGCCAACCACGUUAUCAUCAUGGACCCAUUUUGGAACCCAUACGUUGAAUUACAAGCGCAGGAUCGUUGCCAUAGAAUUGGUCAGGUAAAGCCUGUGACUGUUCAUCGCUUGUUGAUGCAGGACACCGUCGAGGAUCGUAUCAUGAAGCUGCAGCUCAUGAAGGAGACGUUGAUUGAAGGUGCCAUAGAUCCACAGGGCAUGAGAAACGUUUCCAGGCUCUCCAGGGAGGACAUUGCAGGGUUGUUCAACAUCAGACCGUCACGUACGUAGAGCUUUGACGCUCAUCAUAUCCUUUUC